GGCACAACCUUUCUUUUUAAACAUAAUCUAAAUUUAGAUGAAAUAUUUUCAAACACAAUUUCUGUAAAUAAAUGAGUAUAUAGGUGAAUUCAAAGUGAAAAGUGUUAAAACAAUGACAAUGAACGAUAACGAGAAUCCAUUGAAUUCUUUAGUUCUCCCAAUUUUAAUCCGGCCAAUACUUUUGCAGUUGGAAAAACGUGAUGUGGUAGCUUCACAAACAUUACGAGCAGCUUUAACGAAGGCAGAACAAACAAACCCAGGAUUAACAUAUGAACUUGUUAAAGGAAUUAUUCAUAAAGGAAACCUCAAUGUUAAUAUGUACGAGAGUGUUCUGAGACUGCAAGGUGCUCAACAAGCUUUAUCAGACACUUCCGACUUGAUAGAAUAUCGAUUGAAUAGGAGUGAAGAUGCUUUCCAAGAACUGAAUAAGAAGUCAGCAGCUUUGAAGCGUAUCCUCAGUCGUAUUCCGGAUGAGAUCACUGAUCGAAGGACUUUUCUUGAAACAAUUAAAGAAAUCGCAAGUGCCAUUAAAAAGCUGCUUGAUGCUGUGAAUGAAGUCGUUGGUUUCAUUCCUGGAACAUCCGGUAAACAAGCUGUGGAGCAAAGAAAAAAAGAAUUUGUUAAAUAUUCAAAAAAGUUCAGCACAACAUUGAAAGAAUAUUUUAAAGAAGGUCAAGCAGAGGCCGUGUUCGUCAGUGCUUUGUUUCUUGUUCACGUUACUAAUCAAAUCAUGAUAACAGUGAAGAAUAAAUGUGAAUGAAGUGAAAAUUCAAGCUAUUCGUGCUUUUGAUUUCCUCCCUAGUUUUAGAUAAUUUUCCUUUUCAUACAUUUUAUUAUUUAUCUUUAUUAUAUAUAAACAUUUUGUUUCACAAAGGAAACUUUAAAUUAAUUAACUUUUUAUUUACUUAAUAAUUGAAUGACUGUUCAAAGUUCCAGGGUUAAUUAAUCUUUUAGAAAAAAAUUAGUUUAGCUUUUAGCCAACAAAACAAUCUUUGGUGAUCAUGUUGAAGAAUACUUCGCUGUUGAAAGAAUUAAGACAACUUUAAUGAGAAAGGCUAGAAAAAUAAAGUUAAAGAUUAAAAGCAGUCAUAAUGAAUUAAACAAAAAUAUGUUCGCUUCAUUCAUUGAAAAAUCACUUUGAUGGUGUCUGAACUUGUUCAACUUAGAAAUAUAUUUUUCUUCCACAAAUUUGUGAAAAAAGUAAAAUAUCCAAUAAUGCCUGUAAGUUAAUCUUAACUUUGAAUUUUGAGAAGCUCUUGUAAAUAUAAAAAUUACGAAUUCAUUUCAAUGAAAUAAAAUACAUGCUGAAAAAAGUA